CAAUCAGGCGCUGUGUGCAGCCGUGGUGACGCCUGACGUGCUGCAGACCAUGGCUCUGGUGUUCAGCGGCGCUGAUGUGAUGUGCGCCACCGGGGAUCCCACCUACUCCACUCCGUACCUUUUGGCUCAACGUGCUGGACAGAAGGUGCAGAUGGAGUUUCUGCAUCAGAACAAGCUAUCAGAUUUCCCUCGUUCAGAGAAUGCCUCCUCGUCUGAAGCCUCCCUGUUUAUGGACGGCUUCCUCUACAUCUCCGCCGGCCCCGCCAAGACGCCGCAGGAUCGUCGCGGGAGAGACGACAUGGCRCGUCGUUGGUGUACAUUGGAGGGUGGCUUCUUGAGUUACUACGAGAGCGAGCGAAGCGCCGCGGCCAUCGGGAGAGUGGACGUCACGGAGGUGGUCAGCCUGGCGAUCAGCAACUGUGAGACAAUAACUGGAGCUGGGGCUGUGUUUACUGUCGAGCUGUAUCUACAGACGGAGCGAGUGCUCAUUGUCGGAGCUGAAACGCAGGCUACUCAGCACGACUGGAUCCAGGCGCUAACAAAGUGCUUCAUCCCACCUAAAGUGGAAGCACUGUUGCAGAAAGACAGCGACCUGAUUGGCAGACUCAAGUACAAAGAAGGUCAUGAUCUGUAUUACUGGAGGACGGGCUGGUUCACCCUGGAAGGUUCGGCUCUGCGUUUUACCUCUGGGGAUGACGAAGAAGAGGAGGUUCUUCAGCUCAAACAGCUACAGGAGCUCACUGUCUCGACACAUACUGAGGGCGAGGACAAGAUCCAAGUCCUGUUGAUGGUGGAGUGUGGAAGAAUACUUUACAUCCAUGGCUUCAACAAGAUGGACUUCUCACUGUGGCACUCGGCCAUCACGCUGGCUGCUGGCACCGAUGGCAAAGCGCUCGGUGACCAGCAGCUGACGAAAAAUGGUGUCCCCAUUAUAGUGGACAGCUGCAUUGCUUUUGUCACUCAGUAUGGUUUGUGCCAGGAGGGGGUCUACCAGAGGAAAGGGGACCCUGCGAGGGUGUCUCUCCUCCUGGAGGAGUUCACCCGCGAUGCGCGAAACGUGAAGCUGAGGGAAAAGGAGCAUCACCUGGAAGAUGUGACCGACACCCUGAAGAGCUUCUUAUCCCAAGCAGAAGAUGCUCUGCUGACCAAGGAGCUUUAUCCGUACUGGGUGUCUGCUCUGGAUGAGAAGGAUGAGAGACGAAGGGUGAAGAAGUACUCCACUUUUAUAGAGAGUUUACCAAAGAUCAACAGGUCAACCCUGGAGGCUCUGCUGCAACACCUGUACCGGAUACAGCAGUGCUCCCACCUCAACCAAAUGCCAGGUGGAAAACUGGCCACCGUCUUCUCCGCCUGCUUGUUUCAGACUCGGGGGCAAACCUCACAGGAAAUUAGUGUGGUUCAUGACCUUAUCAGCAACUACGUUACGCUCUUCAGUGUCAACGUAGACCAGGUGCAACAGAUGGAGAGGGAGAAUAGCUUCAUUACACGCUGGAAUGAAAAAAAGGACACUUCGUUCAGUCCAGCAGGGGAUUUGAUAUUCGAGGUGUACCUGGAAAAGCGAGUGCCAGAGCAGUGCUGUUUAAUAAAGGUUUCUCCAAGUAUGCGGCCGUCAGAACUGGCAGAAACUGUGCUGAGUAUGAAAAAUACCACUUUUAAGGCUGAUGACCUCUGGACUACCUUUGAAGUCAUUGAAAAUGGAGAACUGGAACGCCCGUUGCACCACAGUGAGAAGAUUCUAGAGCAGGUGUUGGAGUGGAGUACCUUGGAGUGCCCCAGCUCUGCUUUUCUUCUUAUCAAGAAGUUUCCAGGGGGCACAAGAAUGGCCAGUGAUAAAGAUCACCUACAUUGUCGAAAAGGCGACUAUCUGAAGUUCAGUGACGGAUGUUCCAAGCUGCUGCCGGGCCACAAAUUUCAGGACAAGUAUGUUACUCUUGGUGCAGAGAAGCUACUGCUUUACAGGGACAUCAAAAACACUAAAGCRGAGAGAACAAUCCAGCUGAAGACUGUGAAAUGUUACCUAGGCCUGAAGAAAAAGCUCAAAUCUCCAACWAACUGGGGUUUCACAGUCUACACUGAUAAACAGCAGUGGCACUUCUGCUGCGACAAAAGGGAGACGCAGGUCAGCUGGGUGACGGACAUCAUCGCCGCGAAGUUUGGCUCUGACCUCCAUUCAAAAGGAACUGCAGAUCUCCAAACCUUCAGCGGCAGAGCUGUGACCGACUGCACCAAGGCUCCGAUGUACGACAGCCACAACAAACAGGUUUUCCCACAACUGAUGGACAGAAGAGUUUCUCUUGGAGAUGGCAACUCAAAGACAACCAGAGUCCCUGAGCUCCCCUUAAAAUUACUAACUAUACCCAAAAGCCCAAAGCUCAGUGACGUCAGUAAAUCCAAAACUCUGCCCAUCAGUCCAAAGCCCAGUGACAUGAAUAAAACCAAAACUACAGCACACAGCCUAAAGACCCCCGAGCUCCCCCUUCGAAGAACUUCUGUUGAUGUUGGUGUGCCACAUCAGCUGCCUUCCCCAGCCUUGUCCAAACACGUGCAGCCAAUGCCUCUUCAGACUUCACCUCAAAGCAGCAGCAGCAGCAGCAAGGCACUGAACAAAAAGCCGUUUCUGGGUGGGGAGGGGGUCAUGCCACCGAACCUAAUGAAUGAGCUGAACUCGGUCCUGAGCAAGACUGGUCGCAAGAACAAUGACUGACAGAAAAAUAUAAUAAAACGGAGAGAAACAUGUUUAGUUUAAAAACAAAAGGCAUWGACGGAAAGCAUGGAAGAGCAUUUAUUGUACACUGAAUUGUCUUGCUUUUAUAACAGCACUCCUAUAGCCCAAGUACUGUUGUUAAACUCAGGUAAUUGAAAAAUACCAAAGUGCAAAGAUGUGGAAAAUAAAUGUGGGAUGCAGCCGAGGUCAGCGAACCUCAGCUGGACAUGGCACUGACUCAAGCACUACAUAUUGUGAUGCACAUGCCAAUCUUUAAAGCCGAGAGACGCUUAGAAAUGCAAAUAUGUCAAACAUUUGGCAGAAAUAUUCACACUGCUUGCUUCAUGCUUUUCUGUUUCAAGACUUUUCUAAAACUACGUAAGUUCAGUUACAAUUGAAAUUCUAAAUCAUAUAAAUUGUUUAAAUUGGAAAAAGGAUGAAUUCUGUAUUUUCUUAGAAUUAGAAAAAACUGAGAAUUCUGAGAUUCAAGUGCAAAUUCUGAUCAAAUAUACAGAAUAUAGUCAGUUUAUAUAUAUAUAUAUAUAUAUAUUUUUUAUAUAUUCUCUGUGGCCCAAUCUUCUUCUGUAGUUAUUGGCAGUGGAUUUCCUGAUUAAACAGCUGAUAUUACUGUUGGCUGAUUAAAGGGGAAUGAUUAUUUAUUUUAAAAAUGCAGAUACAAGUUUUAGGUACCACUUUAUAAAAAGGGUAUAAAUGACUAAUAAAUUGUUAAUUUGGCUGCAAACACUUAAUGAAACAUUGCAGGAAUUAAGUGCAUUAGUUCAAAAGAUCUAUUUUCUCUGUCAACCAGUGAGCCAACAUUCAUCUGUCACCUCUCUUUGUUUACCUGAAUCCUUCAUAAUUCAGUUUUGUAACAAAGACUUGUCACUAAGUCACUUACAUGCAGGCACUAUGAAUAUUUGUAAAAACACAACAAGUGAUUCAAUUAAAGCAAAAAAGCAAACUGAGCAAAACUCAGAAUCUUACAUCUGCCUGAAUGAAUAAGAAUACAGCACUUGAUCUUUCCAAAUGAUAACCCUUCUUUAAUGUAUAGAUUAUUAUAUUUAUACUGUUUUAUAAAUGAUUUGUAAAGUCUUUAAAAACUCUUGAAUAAUCUAUUUAUAAAGAAUGAACAAAUCCUUUAAAAAAAGGCACUUACAGUGGUACCAAGGUUUUUGCCCGACAGCACUGUAUUGUAACAUAAAGGUACAAAAACUAAGAGUUAUUUUUUUAUCUUAUAAAACAUUGAGAGACCACUUUAAACUGUAAACAGCUUGCCCCUAAAUGUUAUUUAAUUUACUGUAUUAUACGUGAAACACUGGAAAAAGCUGUUUUAGGGAACAAUGGUUACUUAUUUCCAUUUGGUCAACAAUUUGAAUAUAAAAUAUUUUAUGUUGAAUGUUAUUGUUUUUUUAUUCAAAUACUUAAAAAAACUAUAAUACUUCAGUUAUUUAGAUUUAAAUGUGUCUUAAAWACAUUUAUUGGUUAAAUGUUAUGUUACAUAGUAAGAUGUGAAUUUGAGGGAAUAAAGCAAAGUAGUUUGUUUUAA